AUGUGUAUGUUUUACAUGAAUGUACAAAUGGAUGUAAUCUUGGUAUCAGAAACCUCUAUAAAAAAAAAGAAGAGGAAGUUAAUAAUCUAUUCUAAUCUGGAAGCAUUAACCAACAUUAGAAAUUACUGCGAAUCUCAGGGACCAGAACGAGAAUCAAAACUUAAAGACCCAGAUACUAGAAUAGAAGACGUAGCAAAUCUUUUAAAAAGAAUAGCACAUAACCGGAAGCCUCUAUUUGUGUAUUAUAACCGAGUAAAGCUUUACAGUGCUGCAAAGUUUGGAAGUCUAGUUGGUGGAAGCGCGGAACGAACAGCCCAAAAGUGGGCAAAGAGGUUUAAAGAAGAUAAAAAUUGGAAUAUUCUUGAAAAGAAAACGAGAAAAGUAAUUAAGAGGUCAAGUCAACUUUAUGAGGAACACAAGGUCUAUCCGAUCAACUUUUACGAUGAGUAUUCUCACGCUCAAGUGAGUGAUGCAGUUGCAACUCUUACUGAAAAGUCCGGAAACUUCACUUUGUAG